AUGGGUCGAGCGACGACGUCCGUUUGUCUGUUUCUUGCUUGGAAAGUGGCCGACGCGCUCGAUCAAAACGACCCAACGCUGCCAACCAAGUCGGGCGUCAAGACGUGGGUCGACGUCGAGACUCCGGACGAGUUUCACACAAUGACGAGUUCUCGGGGCGAUCCGUGGGACUUGGUCAUGAGCGACGAGUUCAACUUGGCCGGCCGCAACUUUACGGCCGGCCAUGACCAUCUCUGGGUCGCCCUCGACAUUCCCGAUGGCGUCAACCGCGCUGUGGGCGUCUACACCCCCGAGAAUGCGCUCACGGUCAAUGGCAAGUUUCAGAUCCGCGUCGACGCGACUGAGACCAACGUCACGUACUACAACGUGUGGUCAGAUGCACCGUCAUGGACGACCAAGACAAUGUACUAUCGCGCGGCCAUGAUGCAAACGUGGAACAAGUUUUGUAUCCAAGGCGGGUUUGUCGAGAUUUCAGCCAAGAUGCCUGGUGCGACCCGUGCGUCGAUGAACCCCCAUAUCACGGGGAAGCGCUGGGACGGCAACCUCCAACGCGAUAUGCCCGUGCAGUUCCUCGACCGCAUCCCCGAUAUCAAGUUUUACCCGACGUGGCCGGGUCUCUGGAUGAUGGGCAACCUCGGUCGCGCGCUCUUUGCGGCAUCGACCAACCGCAUGUGGCCAUGGACCUACAGCGAGUGCGACGAGCGCUACGAUUCGUCUCAGCGCAUUAGCGCCUGCAACCCCAACCCCGGCUACGGCUUGCACCCGAACAUGGGCCGCGGGUCCCCCGAGAUCGACAUUCUCGAAGGCGGCGGCAGUGACAUCUCGUCGUCUCUUCAAAUCGCGCCGGGCAUGCCAGACGAGUACCGGUUGGUUACGGCCACCAUGAAGUACGAGGCAACCAACAACACGGACUCGAAAGGCCGACACGGUGUGGGCUACACGGCGUGCUACUACAACAAGAACUGCUUGACGCCCGGUGCCAACAUGGCCGAUAUUCCGACGUCGGCGUUUGCAGCCCGCGGACACAAGUCGUGGUACCAAGGUCUCCGGUACGCCGCCAACAACCGGUGCACGCCCGACGCGACCCAAAAGCAAGAGCGGGCGUCGGUCGCCGCGGCGCAAAAUGGUACGAUCGACGACAACCAGUUUGACAUCAAGACCAUCAGCUCGGGCCGCGAUUUGCACGCGGACCUCGGGCUGAUGGACGGCAAGGGUCCGCUGCACUGGGGCAUCAACUACAACGGCACGUGCUUCCCAAUCGCCAACGGAUACAAGGGCGGAUUUCUCUGCGACCGUGACAGCCAAAACCCCAAGUGCGACGCACCGCGCACCAAUGCGCAGACGCCGACGUCGAUGAUGGAGCCGUUCGAGUACCAAAUGGACGCCAUCUCGUCCAACUGGCCAAUCAGCUACGAAGCGUACACGUCGUUCUACAAGUACCAGCUCGAAUGGGUCACGGGCGACCAUGGUUACGUUCGUUGGAUGUUAGACAAGGCGCCGAUCUUUGAAGUCCCAGCGUCGGCACUCACGUCGCCGCCCCAAGGCACACCUCGGAACCCCAAGAAGCUCAUGAUUGAAGAGCCGAGCUACUUUAUCUUCAACGUGGCCAUGUCGGCGGCAUGGGGU